CUUCGACAUGUUUGGGCAAUUUUUCGAUUUCUUUCGAGGGACGGAGAACCCAUUUAUCUUCGGAGAAGACCUCAGCAUGGCCAACCCUCCUCCAUCGCCUGACACGACACACAGUCUCCUUUUCCCAAAAUACGAAGACAUUAUCAUCCCAGAGCACUCAGAAUAUCCGCCUACUCUUUGGGACUUCUAUUCCGAUAUCAUGUACGCAAACUACCAGAUGCACUAUAUAUUCUCAGCGAUGUCGAUGGAACAAAACCAAGGUAGCAGUUCCGGUCUGGUGCAAAGGACAGAGUACCUUGAAGACCAUGAUGCUGAGGGUGAGCCAGAUCCCUGGUAUGAGCCGUCAUGCUCCGUGCCCGCGCCUAUUCCGUUAUCCCAAGGAACCCAAGGGACCCCAGUGACCUCCUAUGGGCGCCCAGACGCGAACCCCCCAAUUCCCUCCAGUUCGUCAACUCCUCCAGACAACACGCUGAACGGUCCUUCGCCAGAUUUCUCUGACCUACCUUCCAUUCCUCGAGCGCUAUAUGCCUAUGGUGUUAAGAGAGAUGCAAAAUCUAAAAAGGCUAUGGGAAUAAGCUCAAAUGAUCGCCGGCCAUGCCCAUUAUGCUCUGACGAUUUCCAUAAAUCGAGAUCAACGUCAUCGUCGAAGGAGAACGAUUGGUGGAGGCAUCUCCAGCAGGCACACCUUAAGAACGACGCGAUCUCAUAUAUUGCGGAAGGUCAUUGCAUUGAUAUCAUUGCCCUUCUAUUCUUCACGACUCUCCGGGUUCGUUUUGAGGAGCAUCAUGACGAACGAUGGUUCGAGCCGACUCGCGAAGAGCACAGCGAGAUAAGGGCAUUCUACUCGGUGUACGGCGAAGAUCGAACGGAUGGACCAAUCAUCAGCACGAUCGAGGAAGGAAAGGAGCAUUACCCCAGGUUGAUGGCUCGACUUGAAUCUUUCGCCCCUUCCUGGUGGGGCCAUUUUAUCUGUCCAUCAUGCGACGCUCCGAUAGGACGCGAUCGGGCCAAGGAUCGCCACCCUCCCGGCCAUUGUAACGGGAGCGGCGAAGCUCUGCCUCCUCCAGAAUUCACGCCAUGGCCGCUGCAUCCUAUGGCACUCGAUGGACAGACUGCCAAACGCCCCCACCCCUCUCCCACCCUGGAUGGUGAUGAUUACGCCCCUCGACGGAAGAAGCCGUGCAAGCGAAAGCGUGGAAAUUGAACUUCAGCGUCACCGCAACAUUAAUUUCCCAUUGCCGGGCAAGGAUCUUUUUAAGCAUAGAGCGAAGUAUUCUCUUGGGUUUCAG